AUGUCAAAUAGCUCACGUCUUACAGUGUUAGCCGACAACACAUUGGUCACAAUACUCGAGCGAAACAGAUGUAAAAACGAAAGUAUUAAUCACGAUUCGCAUGACAGUAUAAUAAAUAAGAAUUUAGUUAAACUACGUGGUGGUAUAAAGGAGCUGGAACAAGAAUUAUCUUUGGCGGAAGAGACUGGAAGUUUAAAUUCACAGGAUUUAAAAGAAAAAGAAGAUACACUCAUUAAACUAACAAAACAAGUGGACAAACUUGAAGCACUUAUGGGUGAAAGCAAUGAUAUUUCAACAAGAGAGCUUUUACUCGGUCUUAAUUCGAGCAUUGAACCAGCAGGAGGAAAAUCCAAGAAGAAGAGUGUGCGCUUCACGGAUCCAAUAGCUGAACUGAACGAGUUUGAUGAUCACCAAGUGCUUCAGUUGCAGCAACGGAUGAUGUCUGACGAAGAUCUGGACAGACUUGACGCAGCAGUCGGACGUCAACGAGAACUAGGAAUACUUAUUGGCGAAGAGUUAGAUUACCAUGUUGAUUUGCUAGAAGAGACUGAACACGCCGUGGAUAAUACCGACGGCAGAUUAGCGAGUGCGCGAAAGAGGCUAAAUCGUGUAUCGAAACAAGCAAAAGAAAAAGGAUUGAUAGAAGUAGUAUAG